AUGGUGGACGAAAAAGACCACCAAUACAUCGAACCGGGGUCCCUCGAAGCAAACCACCCCCCACGAACCCCAUCCUCCGACGAGGAAUCCACCCUCGGCGACCUCCACGACAACCAUCACGACCACACCCACAAUGCCCUCACCCAAGUGCCCACAAACGCAAGCGCCAUCGCCCGCACCCUCUCCGCCGUACGAACACGCGACUCCGGCAAAGACCUCGGCCCCCCACCAGACGGGGGCUUCCAAGCCUGGCUCCAAGUCGCACUGGGCCAUAUGAUCAUCUUCAACACGUGGGGGUAUAUCAACAGUUUCGGCGUCUUCCAGACAUACUACACCUCCACGCUGGGCCGUCCACCAUCCGACAUCUCCUGGGUAGGCAGUAUCCAGAUCUUCCUGCUCUUCUUCAUCGGGACGUUCUCGGGGCGAGCCACGGACGCGGGAUACUUCCGGUUCACACUGACGAUUGGAGCGACGCUGGAAGUCUUCUCCAUUUUCAUGACUUCGUUGUGCACGGAGUACUGGCAGCUCUUUCUGGCGCAGGGAUUGGGCCAGGGGAUUGGGUGUGGAUUGAUGUUUUGUCCGACGUUGGCGCUUAUUUCGACCUAUUUUGUUAAAAGGCGCGGUAUCGCGAUUGGAAUCGUUGCGUCUGGUUCUGCGACGGGUGGGCUUGUUUUCCCCGCUGUCGUGAUGCGCUUGUUACCGCGUAUCGGAUAUGGAUGGACUAUGCGCACGCUGGGAUUUAUCUCGCUUGCUACGUUGAUUCCGUGUUUGAUCUUCUUCAAGCAGCGAUUACCGCCCCGUACGAGUGGACCGUUGCUCGAGCUCGCCGCGUUCAAGGAAUUACCUUACCUGCUCUUUGCGGUGGGCAUGUUCUUGAAUUUCUGGGGUUUGUAUGUCGCCUUCUUUUACGUGGGCAGUUUCAGCCGCAACAUCAUUGGCGUGUCGGAGACCGUCUCGAUAGAUCUUCUCCUCGUCAUGAACGGAGUCGGACUCGUCGGCCGUCUAGUCCCCAACCUGCUAGCAGAUCAAUUCACUGGUCCACUCAACCUGUUGAUCCCCUUCAGCGGAGCAACCGCCAUCGUCGCAUACUGCUGGGCUCCCGUCAAGGAUUUGUCCAGUCUGUGGGCAUUUGCUGCGUUGUAUGGCCUCUUUGCUGCAGGCAUCCAGUCAUUGUUUCCGGCGACGUUGAGUACGCUUACGACGGACUUGAAGAAGAUUGGGGUGCGGAUGGGGAUGGUUCUUAGUGUUGUUGCUGUUGCGGCGUUGAUUGGGUCGCCGAUUGCUGGGGCGUUGAUUCAGAGGGAUGAUGGGGGUUAUUUAUAUGCGCAGAUGUUUAUGGGGAGUGCGAUCAUUACGGGGACGUUGACUUUGAUUGCGGCGAGAGUUAGUAAAGUUGGGAUGGGGCUUGCUAGGGUGUAG